GUGAUCAGAGUCUGCCAUUCUCGUGGCGCUUGGUUGUCAUUUUGCAGUCCGUCUGGUGCCGGGGUCAUCGCGGGGGAGAAAGGACUCAUCUCAGGUGGGCGGACGUCGCCAAUGGGAUGAAGCGACACUGUCAGAUGCAGACGACAGUCAGCAGGCACAUCCUGCCGUCUGGGUUUCCUGCAGGUCACCGCCUUUGACCACGGAGGUGUUGGGCGAAGGAGGACCAUCCGGUGAAGGGUAGCCAAGAGCAAUUGGAUAGAGGGAGCGCCACGAUGCAAGCAGGUGAAACAAGAAAGACCGACUGAGCAGGCACUGUUCUCAUCACGGUGAUUUUCUUGUGUGUGCCGCAGGCGAGUCGGCGUCUGCGAUCGGUGGUGGUGGAGGUUCAUCUGCAGCGGAUCAGACCUGCAGUGACGCUGACGGGCACAAUCAGCAGGUCAGACUUAGCCAUCACAGCUUCGCACACCACCGAGGCGCCACUUGCAGCAGACGCCCAGACCAGCAACAUCCGUUUGUUUCGGAAUAUGACUCUGCAGGUGGCCUCAGAGAGCGUCGAGCGAGAGAACCAAGGGGAGAGAGAUGGUCAUGGUGAAGGUGAUAGUGCGGCGGCUGCGGCUGAUGGUGGUGGUGGGGAGGCCACCGCACAAGCAGAUCCCAACGCAGAAGUCUCAUCAGGUACAAUGGACUAAGCAUUGUGACGUACAUCCAUCUGGAGGUGUGUCUACACGUGGGUGCAGAGUGGUUGAGGGAGGGUCCCCCGGAGGAGCCCGGGCAGUGCGGCCAGGCCAUGCGCCGUGAGCCGAUGACGAUUCAGCAGUUCCACAAGUGUGUGCUGGAGAGCCUCUUCACACAGACGCGGCACCGAAUCCAGGUAAGUAUACGCACAACACCGGAUCCAUCCAUGUGCAGAGAGCACUCAGCUCCUUGUGUGCGGGUUGGCUGCAGUGGCGGGUCAAGCAAGGGGACGGCAGGCUGGUGCGGGAGAUGGAGGGCAUCGAUCGAUCAGGGCAACUCGAUGUUCAAGUUGGCUGUCCAUCAGUGGUGAGUCCGUCACACAGGGCCACAGAACCACUGCAAUGCGCGUUGUUUUGAUUUGUCCUGUGUGCAGGAUGACCUGCUGUCACUACGGCGGGUGCGCAUGGACGGUCAUCGUCCAGCACACAGACACAGCCGGCUACACGCACCAGAGCGUAAGGCGACAAACACACCAUCGCCAACACACACUACUGCGUGAAUCUUAUGUGUGUGUGUAUGUGUUGAGUGCAGGAGUUUUCGCUGCCAGUGCCCAGCAGUGUGACCGCUGACCUGAUGGAAGCCGCCGUGAAGGAUCUGCAGACCCUCGUAGACGUCGUCGUGUGCAAGACGUAAGCCGCCCGGCCUCACCGCACAGACGGUCCCACACGCACAUCGUAACACGGUAACGUGUGUGCAGCUUCAUUCGCGAGAAGAUCGCCGGCCGCAACCCUCCCAGACAAACGCAGCAGAGGGGCCGCGAGAAGGGCCAGAAUGAGAAGGUGCCCCACUCCCCUCAGAUGUACUUCAUCGCACACAAAGCCUCCGGACGAUUCUCUGCAUUAGUGAGGGUGGACGGCGGGAAAGAAUAACUGGGGGGGGUGUCUGUCGCGAGUGAGCCUCUGUGCUUGUGUCCUGGUGUUGGUGUGUGCAGGCGCGUCUUCUGGAGCUGUGCAGCACGCACCGCCCACACAGGGACGAGCCGCUACACAAGAAACGCAAAACUCAGAACACCGCAUGAGUGGCCGGCCAUGGGUGUAGACAGACAGACAGACAGACAGACAGACAGACAGACAGACAAGUGGGCAUGCAGUGGGCAGACCGACACAGCGACACUUUUCGAAUGCAAUGUACGCACAAGAGUGAACGAGUUGGUCUGACAUCUGUGGACAUCGAUUCAU